AUGCGCCCCGGAGAUGUGAGGAGCAUGCAGCCUCCUCUUCCUCCUCCUCCACAAAGAAGGCAGACGCUCCUCUGACUCUGCUGGAUUACAUCUCCCCCCAGCUCUGCGCUCGGAGGAGGCUCCAGCCGCACAUCUCCCCCCCCACCCCCCCAUCCUCCCCAUGAAUGUAGGGGCAGACUGCGAAGAACAGCGAGCACUUCUCAUCGAGAGUGCCUGCCCCUGCUGAGUGAAGCCCGACCUGCAUUUUUGUCAUCUCCAACCAGCCCAACGGUGGUGCCAUGCUAUUGUGUAAACCAAGCAGCGUUCUGGCUCAGACCAGGCAACCCAUCCUGGGCCUCGGCCUUCAUCUGUCCCACAUGUGUCUGCUGCUGCCUUUGGUCAUCCUUCUAACCAGCGUUUGUGCAGCACUAGGCCCACCAAGAUUCACCAAGAUUCCAACAGACCAGAUCGGCGUGUCAGGGGGGGUGGCAUCAUUUGUGUGUCAGGCCAUCGGCAACCCCAAGCCUGUCGUCUACUGGAACAAAAAGGGCAAGAAGGUCAACUCCCAGCGUAUCGAGACCAUAGAGUUUGAUGAAGGUGCUGGUGCUGUGCUGAGGAUCCAGCCGCUCAGAGCCCCCCGAGAUGAGAACAUCUACGAGUGUGUGGCACGCAACAGUGAAGGAGAGAUCUCUUUCACUGCAAAGCUGGCCAUUAUCAGAGAGGACCUGUUGCCUUUUGGCUUCCCCAGUAUAGACAUGGGCCCCCAGCUGAAGGUGGUGGAACGGACAAAGACGGCCACCAUGCUCUGCGCUGCCAGCGGCAUCCCUGACCCGGAGAUCUCCUGGUUCAAAGACUUCCUGCCAGUCGACCCCAGCCUCAGCCAGGGUCGCAUCAAACAGCUUCGAUCAGGAGCGUUGCAGAUCGAGAACAGCGAGGAGACGGACCAAGGGAAGUACGAGUGCGUGGCCACCAACUCUCAAGGCGUGCGCUACUCCUCGCCUGCAAACCUAUACGUCCGAGCUUUACCAAAACCUCCUGGGACACCCAUCGUCACAGAGACCACAGCCACCAGUAUCACCAUCACCUGGGACUCAGGCAAUCCCGACCCCAUCUCCUACUACAUCAUCCAGUACCGAGCCAAAGGGCCGGACAGCAAGUAUGAGACGGUGGACAGCAUCACCACCACCCGCUACAGCAUUGGUGGCCUCUAUCCCAACACAGAGUAUGAAAUACGAGUGUCAGCCUUCAAUAGCAUCGGUCAGGGCCCCCCCUCCACCCGUGUGGAGGCUCGCACUGGAGAGCAAGCCCCUGCCAGCCCUCCCCGCAAUGUCCUUGCCCAUGUUAUCGCUGAGAACAACGUGAUGGUCCGCUGGGAGGAACCAGAAGAGCCCAAUGGACAGGUAAAGGGUUAUCGUGUAUACUACACCAAGGACCCAUCGCAGCCUAUCAAUGAUUGGCAGAUCCAUAAUGUCCAGGACAGCUUGCUCACCACUAUCCAGAAACUUGUAACCUCAGAGACAUACACCAUCCAGGUCCUGGCCUUCACUUCUGUAGGGGACGGCCCCUUCUCAGAUCCCGUUCAUGUCAAAGUUUUGCAUGGAGUUCCAGGCCAACCAGGCAAGUUUAAAGUGGGGAAGGUGACAGACACCAGCAUCGAGCUGACCUGGGAACCCAUCUACAACAAGGAGAAAAUCAUCAAAUAUGAGCUGCUCUACAGACCUGUCAAGUUUGGCAGCGUGGCGACGUUGAGCUUUGAGCCGAGGAACUCCUACACCGUGGAGGGUCUAAAAGCAAAUACAGAGUAUUCCUUCUCCCUGGCGGCCAUGUCAAGCAAAGGCAUCGGAGCUUUCACCAACGAGCUGGUGCAGCGGACGGCCCAAGCCAAACCCUCUGCUGCACCCGAGGGUGUGUCCUGCGAGCGUGCCAGCUCCACCUCGCUGAGAGUGAGCUGGAGGUCACCUCAGUUGGAGGGCCAGUUGGCAGGUUAUGAGCUCAAAUACCAAAGAGUUUCUGGGGCAGGAGGAGGUCAGGGUGAGGAGGUGACAGCGCCUCCUGUCCCAGCCUACUUUGAACAAAUUGUGCUGGAAGGUCUGGAGAAGUGGAGCUGGUACAACAUCACAGUAGCAGCCUCCACUGCAGAGGGGACCGGACCCACCAGCCCGACUGUGGUUUGCAGAACCGACGAGGAUGUUCCCGGCGCGGCUCCUCGUCAGGUGGACGUGCAGCCGCUUAACUCCUCGGCACUUCGAGUCACGUGGCGCUCGGUGUUGCCACGGUUACGGCAAGGCCAGGUUCGUGGCUACCAGGUGCACUUCAGCCGCGUAGAGAGUGGCGAAUCACGCACGCUCCCUCAGAUCAAAGACCUUCUAUUAGACGACACCCAGAUGGAGGAGGAUGAUUCCACUCACUACGAGCUGAUUUUAGGAGGCUUGAAAACAGAGACUUUGUACUCGGUCUCAGUGGCAGCGUACACCACUAAAGGAGAUGGAGCGCACAGCAAAGCCAGGCUAGUGCAGACCACUGGGAUUGUGCCUUGCUCCCCCUCCCUCUGGGUGCAUCCAGGAUUGGGUUCGUCUGCGGUGGUGAGAUGGGCUCCUCCUCGGGAUUGCUCGGAAACUGGUUCUGACAGCCGAGGGACCCCAAUGGAAAUCCGGGGCUACCGUCUCCAGUUUGGCCUAAAAAACGAUUCUUUGAACACCACGAUGGAUUUUACGCAUCGGGAGAGAAACUUCACUGUCAGAGACCUCUCCCCGGGCUCCUCCUACCAGUUCACCCUCUCUGCAAAGAGCCGAGCAGGCUAUGGAGAUGUGGCUCAGCAGGAAAUUAUGAUUCCUAUGUUUCCCCCCUCCGGAUACCCAAAAUUAUUUGAUUUUAUAAAUGCAACAUGCUGCUCCCUUCAGUUCUCCUGGCUGCCUCCUGCCUCAAAUGAGUGCACUGGUGUCAUAACUGAGUACACUAUAGCUUACAAACAAGCUGCCGCCCCCAGACUCUCGGCUGACCCUGGCUCCUCUGCCUUACCCACUCCUUCUGCUCCUCCAUGGCUGAUCACACUGCCAGCGAGUGAGUCCAGCUUCACCAUCCUUGGCCUCAAUCACAGCACAGCCUACGAGGUGCAGCUCAGAGCCCACAACAAGGCGGGGCCAGGACCUUUCAGCCCCGCUCUGCUUGGCCUCACCCUGGCCUUUGAUACAGAUGUGCCGAGGAAUUUUUCAGUCAACCUGGCCACUAAGACCAGCGUCCUUCUUACCUGGGACUUUCCAGAGACCUCCAACCCCUACCUCUUUAUUGUGGAGUAUAACCGUCAGAAGAUGGAGGUGAACGCUCGCCUGAAGAAGGCAGUCAUCCCAAACCUUCAGCCCGACACCAGCUACGACUUUAAAAUUACUGCUCCUGAAGGCAACAUGGGAGGUCUUCGACACCGCAUAACUGCCAAGACAUCUCCGCCAAUCACCAUCCGCCGCCCUGAGAUCGACCACACCCGUGAAACAGAGACCACCAUCACUAUAAUCUUGCCCUCUCUGGAAACUCGCUCUCCUGUCAAGAAUGUUUACGUUGUUGUGGUUCCUCUGCGGCGAACCCGUGGCGUCAUCAGGCAACCCAAAAGUCCAGAUGAAAUGGACCUGGAGGAGCUGUUAAGAGACAUCAGUCAAAAGCAGAGGGAUUCUCGACAGCAGAAGCAGGUGGACCUGAGGCGGGCUUACAUCACGGCCCGUUUCACACCUGCCACCCUGCCAGCCUUCUUCACCCUGGGGGACCAGCUGGACUACGGAGGCUUUGAGAACCGAGCUCUGGAGCCGGGGCAAGAGUACGUCUUCUUCAUCCUGGCGGAACUGAACUCGACGACAGGGAGGAUGUACGUGGCCAGUCCUUACACAGACCCGGUGAUCGCCCCGGAUUCAGACCCCCAGCCUUUUGAUGCCGGCGAUGGUCUGAUCUGGGUGGUCGGACCUGUCCUGGCUGUGGUGUUCAUCAUCUGCAUUGUUAUUGCAAUCCUCCUUUACAAAAACAAACCUGACAGCAAGCGCAAAGACUCUGAACCAGGAACCAAGAGCCUUUUGGGCAACGCCGAGAUGAUGGCCCAUCACCCUACAGACCCCGUGGAGAUGAGACGUAUAAAUUUCCAGACUCCCGGGAUGAUGAGCCACCCCCCCAUCCCCAUCAGCGAGCUGGCCGAGCACAUCGAGCUGCUGAAAGCCAACGACAACUUGAGGCUUUCCCAGGAGUACGAGUCAAUCGACCCCAGCCAGCAGUUCACCUGGGAGCACUCCAACCUGGAGGUUAACAAGCCCAAAAACCGCUACGCCAACGUCAUAGCGUACGACCACACCCGAGUCAUCCUGGCUCCCGUAGAAGGGAUUCUGGGGAGCGAUUACAUCAACGCCAACUACGUUGAUGGCUACAGGAAGCAGAAUGCCUACAUUGCUACCCAGGGGCCUUUGGCAGAGACGUUCGGUGACUUCUGGAGGAUGGUGUGGGAGCAGCGGACUGCGUCUGUUGUCAUGAUGACGCGCCUGGAAGAGAAGUCACGAAUAAAGUGUGAUCAGUACUGGCCAAGUCGCGGCACAGAGACAUAUGGGAUGAUCCAGGUCACACUGCUGGACACGAUGGAGCUCGCCACGUUCUGCGUUCGAACCUUCUCAUUGCACAAGAGUGGCAACAGUGAAAGGAGAGAGGUACGCCAGUUCCAGUUCACAGCCUGGCCUGACCACGGCGUGCCCGAAUAUCCCACCCCAUUCCUCAACUUCCUACGCAGAGUGAAAGCCUGCAACCCUCCUGAUGCUGGACCCAUCACAGUUCACUGCAGUGCUGGUGUUGGUCGCACCGGCUGUUUCAUUGUCAUCGAUGCCAUGCUGGAGCGCAUCCGACAUGAACGCACCGUGGACAUCUACGGCCACGUGACGCUCAUGCGCUCGCAGAGGAACUACAUGGUGCAAACUGAGGACCAGUACAGCUUCAUCCACGAGGCGCUGCUGGAGGCCGUGGCCUGCGGGAACACUGAGGUGGCCGCCCGCAGUCUCUACUCCUACAUGCAGAAACUGUCCAAGGUGGAGCCUGGAGAGCACAUCACUGGCAUGGAGCUGGAGUUCAAGGAUGAGUACCAGUUCUGUUACCAGGCUGCUCUGGAGUACCUGGGUAGCUUCGAUCACUAUGCAACAUAAGAGAAGACACAACCAUGCAACCAUCUUUCUGCUUCGAGGUCCGAACCAACAAGCGCCGCGAGAGAAAGGUGGUGUGAACGCAACAACUCGAGCAUUUUACGGAAGCAGACUUUAAAGAGCAACUCGACGCCAACAAGCAACAAAAAACAGCAACAAAAAAAUCUCCAACGGCACUCCAACGCUCCUCGAUAGUUUCCCUGACGGGCGAGGAGGCGGUCCAUGUGUAAUCCAUAUACUUACCUCAGUGUUCCAGUGUGAAGGACGUAUAAUACAUGUGUGUUGUGGUCAGCUAUCUCCAGUAUGAACCAGUGAAAUACAAACGACUUCUGAACAGGAGUUCCGAUACUCUAUGUGUGUAAAAUAC